AUGAAGUAUUUUCUCAUGAAAUUAUGCAAGCUACUUUGUUUUGUUCUGACUUUGCCUGUACGUCUAAUGGAGAUCAUAGGCGUGUACGGUAUGUACAAACGUCUGUUUCCCUUGCUUGCCUACAAUAUAACAUUUUCAUACAACGACAAAAUGCACAAAACAAAGAGGGAGCUUUUCCGAAACGUGGGCAAAUUUGCAAACACCGACGGUACUCUUCGUCUGCUGGAGAUCGGCUGCGGCAGCGGGGCAAACUUCAAGUUUUACCCCUACGGCUGCACGGUAAUCUGCACUGACCCCAACCCGCACUUCGAGAAGUACCUGCGGAGGAGCAUGGACGCAAACGCGCAUUUAACUUAUGACGAAUUUCUAGUCGUCUCUGGAGAGGACAUGAAGGGAGUGAAGGACGAGUCAGUAGACGUCGUAGUCUGCACCUUGGUUCUCUGUUCUGUCAGCAACGUGCCGUCGGUGCUGAGAGAGGUCCGACGCAUUCUCAAAACAGGUGGAGCAUUUUACUUUUUGGAACACGUUGUCUCAGAUCCCUCCUCCUGGACAUACUUCUUCCAGCACAUGCUUGAGCCUCUGUGGUACUAUCUUGGGGAUGGAUGCAUGAUUACCAGAGAAACGUGGAAAGAUCUAGAGGCAGCUGGUUUCUCUGAAAUUUAUCUUAAACACAUUGAGGCUCCAGAGGUUACUCUCAUGAUAAGACCACAUAUCAUGGGAUAUUCCAUUAAAUGACUGCAGGGGAGAAUGGGGUAACUUUAUUGAUGACAUUUUCUGCACCCAUUUGUAUAAGAUCUGCUUACAUUUUCAUGGAACAAAAAUGACACUUGUCACACUGCCUUUUUUGAGUGAAAAUAUAUUUAUUUACUUACAGAAUCAGCAACAUUUAAUACACCGUUUGUUCUUCUUCCCCAUCCCUCCCAAGAUGUACAUAAUAAAUAUUACCUGGACACUGUGCUUUUUUUUCCCUGAUUGUCUAAGUAACUGCCAAGAAACAACCUACCAAACCACACUCAAUGUCAUCAUUUCUGUUACCCUUUAUAUUCCAUUGCACAAAAAUAAGGAAUGAAAUUGUAACAUCUCCUUUAAGGGGAAUUGCUGGUUCAAGAUAUAAACAGGAAUUAUGUCUGUGUAGUAAUUAUACAGUCAGAAUUCAGUGAUGCUGUUAAAAUAUAUUUUUUAAAAGAGCUCCAACAGCAACAUUUUUUAAAAAACA